AUGGACUUGUCAAGAAAAUUGACAAAUCCUAAUCCUCAGCGAUUGCCUCCCCCUGCUCUUUUCCAAGGCCCACCAUCGCAUAAUGCUUCUAAUCUUUCCUUAUCUGUACCACCACCAGCCUCAACCUUAGCAACACCAUCUGGCAGCCAGCCUCCGCCUCUGAAUCGAAACCGGUCACCGCGAGGAGCUGAGGGCGACAAAUUUGCGAAUUCAAGCUUGUUGUCACCAUUUGUAUCGCGUCAUCCAUCCAAAAAUGAUGUUGAUGGAUCCGAUGCCAUCUGGCAGGAGAUGCAGAGCGCCUUGUCAGAAGUGGAGCUCAGCGCUGUGACGAGCGAGAAUGUCUUCGGCGCGAAACAUUCAGAGGCAUUAGAAGAUUUACGUAUGAAGCAGUUAAAACUUGCCCAGGCUUGGGCACGCAGUGAGGCAGACGAUGAAGUCGUGGAUCCCAGCCAUACCGGUGCAGAUGGAGCUGGUGGAAAGGCCAGCUCCCCGCGGCAAGGUGCUGGAGAAGUGAAUCCCCCGGCUGAUGCAGCCACUGAACAUAGCGCAGGCCGCGGUUCUGUCUCGCAUCCUACGCUGGAUGAGGAAACUGAGCAAGACAUUCGCCUUGCGCGCAAACGCCGCGAGGCUAAUGACCGGUACUUCGAUCGGGUCAACCAGGGCGUCUUGGACGUUGUUGCUAAAUUGGAAGAGGUCGCCCAGGCCAUGCGCACUGUUGAGCGGGAAAGCAAAGAUAUCUGGAGUGAUACAGGGAGUGUGACGACAACGGCGCCAUCAUCGACUCAUACAAAUUGA